AUGAACAAACCAGCCAAGACACUCUCUCGACAUCGCCUCAACUUAUUCUACAUGGACAAGAGAAACGUCGAAUUGUUCAUCAUCAAACCGCUGUUGCAAGAGGAGAAACCGCUUUGCCAGCAUAUCUGCCCCGCCAAGUCACAGCUCUUCGCGAGCCUCAACUUCGUACGGAUCUCAACAAAGAAGAAUAUGGCCAACUGGUUAGGCGGCUCUGGAAGCGCGAAGGAACUAAGGAGGAAAUCACAGCUCGCAUCCUCAAUGAGUCGUAUGAACAGGAGCUCCAAGAUUUUCGGGAACGUCGAGACCAUCCAGAGCGUUGGGAGCAACGACAGCGCCAAAUUCGUGAAGAGCGUCGCCGAGAGUAUCGAGAGCGUCGUCGAGAGCACCGUAGAGAGCGUCGAGAGCGUCGACAGCUUCAGGGAUGAUUGGGGUAACUUAUUUGGAGUCAUUUUCGGAAAUGGGAUAUGA